AUGGUGCUGGACCCCUCAGCAACGCGCUGCGUCCGGCUGCAGCUGCUGCUCUUCUUCAGCGGCUGGUACGACAUGCUCUUCGCUCUGCUCACCAUUUACACUGGGUGGGUGAAGUGGCGCCGGCUCAAGGGAGACAUCCCGCUCGUGUUCAUGGCUGCGAACUUCUUUGUGUGCUUCGUCUUGGAGCCGUCCCGCCUGUACCUCGGGACGGCGGGCAAUGUGCGCGAGGGGGUGCCGGAGAUGUCGCUCUUCGUGGUGCUCUCCGGCCUCUGCUCUCUCGUGCUGGCCGGCGAGACGGUGUUGACCUCCGAGCUCGGAGGCCUCAACGCGGAGCUGGAGCUCACCCCCGAGCUCUGCAGCCUCCUCCCCGAGAGGCCCUGCGUGCUGCCGCUCGAGCGGGCCUGCUGGGUCGUGCGGGCGGCGCUGGCGGCCGUCGAGCUGUGCCUGGGCGCCGCCGCGCUGCGCCGGCUCAUCCGCGAGAAGUCCCGGCGGUUCUUCGUCGCGUUGCGGACCGCCCAGCCUCGAAGAAGGGAAAAGGCCAUAAACUUUCUAGAUGCUCGUUUGGGUCAGAGGCCAGCAACAUAUGUACACGUACGCGGUUAG